AUGACCCAAUUCUCUCUUGAACAACUCGCAGCAGCUCUCUCGGCACUCAGCAUCUCUGUUCCGAUUAUGGAUGCUGCCAUCGAGCCCGCUUCGCAUGCUCGUGCUUCAGCAGAUAUGGCGGCAGGCCCACUGCUCACCGUCCACUGCAGCAAUUGCGCCUUCCCAAACAUCGUCCCUGUUUCAGCAGUCCCGACAAUGGUUGGCAUCCCGUUUCCAAGCUCGAGGUCUGGAGGCCACCCAGUCCUGCCUGCUUCCGACCGAGUGCCCAGUGCCCCUACCAUGACCGCACCUCAACCCUACAUUCACACUCAUGCUGCAGCUCCUGCAUCAGCAGCUCAUUCGUCUCAUGCUGCUGCUCCCGUCACCCAGGCUUCCGUCAUCCAGGCUCCCGUCACUCCCAUCGCUCCUGCUGCUCCUGCUCCCGUUCCACCUCAGUCAGCGUUCAUAGCUGUCACGGUGGGUCCUGAUGGGCCGUGGUACGUCGUUUUGAAAGGCCGUUCCAUUGGUGUUUACCGCGGGUGGCAAAAUGUAAGUAACUUAGUCACCGGUGUCGGGUGGGCAUGCUUCUUUCAUUGUGGAACUCGUGCCGCAGCCCAGGCUGCAUUUGAUGAGGCACUUGCUGCCAGUGCCGUGGAAAUUCUUUGA